CGAGGAAUGGAAUGCGAGAAAUGCGGAAAUAUGUCUCUUUGCAUUUAAUUAUCCUAAGGUUUAUUAUCUUAUAUCCGCAUAAUACUUUAUGUAUGUACUGUAUGUGUGUAUGUAAUAAUAUCAAUUUACAUUACUCAUUUCUCCUCCGUAUAAUAUGCAUAUACUACAUACUAGAUGUGACUAUAUAUAUUCUCGCGUAUAUAAAUGAAUAAUAUAUAUACUAUAUAUAAUAAGGGAUAAGUUAUAUAUAUAAAAGGUAAAAUAAAAAUAUGUAUAAAAAAAGAAUUCGUGAAAAAAAGGAAAGAAAAUACCCAAUAUUUAUUUGUAUGAUAAUAUAUAAUGAUUUAUAAUAAAAAAGCCUAAUAUAUGAUGUAUAAGUA